AUGGGUAGUUUCCAAAGAUUGCUCAACACAAUGGACAAGGUGUCAGAGCAAUUGGCUCUUUUGAUAGCUAGAAGUGAGCCUGGCCAGACACCUUUGGCAUACAGGCCACCAGGUCAAGUUAAGCAAAGCCAAGUAAGCCCCCCACCUGGUUUUAAUAACGAUCAAUACACGGGCCGAGGCUUUGAACCAUUACCAAAGGAAGUUGAGUACUCCAGCAGUACUCAUAAUGAGUCUGUCUACCCUGGACAGACCUCACCGAAAUCUUUGACUGGUACCUGUACCCUACCACCACCCCCAGGAUUUGAACCUUUAUCAAAAGUAGUUGAGUAUCCCAGCAGUACUCAAAACAUUUGCCCCAUAAAUGACAGUAAAAUCUGUGCUGAGUCUGCCCAUGAACAGGGGACUCAAGUCCAAGAGCAAAUGCAGACCAAGGAGUAUCCGACAUCCUCAUUAACUAAUGAGAGAACUUUUCAGUCCCAUGAUAAUAAGAAUAAGAAAUCCUUGUUAACUUUACCUCUACCUCUACCUCAAGAUAAUCAAUCUCAUUUACUUGAGGUCUCUAAUAGUGAUGUUGGAGUGACCAUACUUUCUUCACCUCCUUUUACCAAACUAUUUUCACCUCCAUUUUCUUUUGGUUACCUAUAUGGAGGCCCAAAAAAGGUUACAUCUCAUAUCAAUAGUGUUGGAUCUGCCCAGGCUGUUGGAACAAGGGUAAUGCACUCCAGAGACCCCACUAUCUGUGAGGAUGAAUUAGUCUUCCUUAGAGGUUUUGACCAUAGAGCAGGUUUAGAGCCCUUUAGGAGUAUAUCUUAUUACCAGGUUACUUGUCCAGACAGAAUUAGUCAAUGCCUCCACUAUACCGCAUUGAAGAAUUUAAUCAGCUGUCUGGAUACAACAUGCAGGGAAAAACUUAUACACCUGUAUGACUACCGUCUCCCGGAUGGCUCUGCACCUCCGAAAGGACAUCCAGGGCUGGAUGUGUCAAUGCGGAAUAACCUUGUAUUUGCGAACAUCGACGAAAGCCCGUCAGGGGUGCUGGAAAAUACGGAGCAAAAGUUAAGAGAAUUUUUGGAGCAAAAUAUGAAGAUAGCUAAAGAGCAGGUGGAGAGAAUGGCUUUUGAGCGAGACCACGAAGGGGGUGGUUUGAACGUGUUGGCGUGGAACGUUAACGGACUGACGAACGUGAAAAAAGAAUGUCAAGGAUUUGUAGAUAUUAUUGACAAAAAUGAUGUGAUAUUUUUGUUUGAAGCGUGGACAAAUUCUAAAAGUAUUGUAGAUAUUGAAGGUUAUGUAUCAUAUAAUUUUUAUCGAAAAUAUCAACAUCGAAAUGCUAAAAGAUGUAGCGGAGGCGUUGUUAUCUAUGUUAAAGACAAUUUAAAAAAAGGUAUUUCAGUUGUUAGAAAUAAUCACGAUUCUGUUAUCUGGUUAAAGAUAGAUAAGUUUUUUUUCAAUAUAGAAAAUGAUAUAUAUUUGUGUGGGGUUUACAUAUGGCCUGAAGGAUCGCCAUUUUAUAAUGUAUGUAACGUUGAUUUAUUUGAUGAAAUUCAGAAUGAUAUUUUUGAGUUUGAAAAUGAAGGGUCUGUAUUUUUGAUCGGCGAUUGGAAUAGUCGGGUAGGUCUUAAGGCGGAUUAUAUUAUAUGUGAUACUGCUAUUAAGUCUAUAGAUAAUGAUGAUUAUAUUCCCGAUAUAUCCUCCGUCAGGGCCUCCUGUGAUAAAACGUGUAAUUCUAACGGAAUAAAACUUCUUGACUUAUGCAAAUCUACGUGCUGUCGAAUAGCUAACGGUCGGAUCAGUAAUGACUAUGGUAUUGGUGCGUUUACAUUUGCAUCACGUCAAGGGGCAUCAUUAAUUGACUAUCUACUCGCGAAAGAGCGUGAUUUUGUAAAUAUUAGUGAUUUCAAAGUACACGACUUCAAUGAAUGGAGCGACCAUUGUCCGAUUUCCGUUACUUUAAACUGUAAUGCAAUGCCCGAGGAAGUAAAUAAUUCAGGAUUUAUGAAAAUUAGAUGGUCAGACGAAUUUAAAUCUGAAUUUCGUUCAGGUAUUAUUGGUUGUUUACCGCAAUUUAACCGAUUAACGGAGGAUAUGUACAUUCAAGAUAGAGCUUCUGUAAAUAACAUUUUAAAUGAAUUCACCGAUACGGUUCGUCAGGUAGCUGACCCUCUGUUUACACGUUAUGUGUCAAAUCGACGCGAUGUACAUUUUGUUGAUAAUCGAACCAAUGAUAAAGAAUGGUUUGACCUUGAAUGUAAACAUGCAAGGCAAAGGUAUAUAGAAGCUCAGCGUGUCUUUAAAAGAUGUAACUCUGAAUAUAGUAGAGAACAGUUUUUGAUGCUCAAAAGCAGAUAUAAACAAAUAGUUAAGAAAAAGAAGAAAAUAUUUGAAAUCGAAAAAGGAUCUGAUAUCGAAAAUUUACGUUUUCGAAGGCCUAAAGAUUUUUGGAAUUAUUUUAAAGCUAAAAAAAAAGAAUAAUGACAUAGAUAUAUCGCUUGAAUCUUUUUACAAAUAUUUUUCAGAAGUAAGUAAUGAUAUUUUUCAAAAUGAAAAUAUUGAAGCAGAAGAUUUUUCUACAAAUCAUAAUUUUAACUCAAAUUUAGAAAAUGAUGAUAACACUGACGUUUUGAAUAGUUCAAUUACUAUUAACGAAAUUUUAAUCGCUGUUAAAUCUUUAAAGCGUGAUAAAUCCUGCGGAAACGAUUUUUUGCUGAAUGAAUAUUUUAUUGAAACUGUAGAUAUACUGGCAGCGCAUAUAUGUGAUAUUUUUAAUUGUAUUUUUGAUAGCGGUUUUUUUCCUGAAAGAUGGACUGAAGGGGUUAUUGUACCAUUGCACAAGAAAGGAGAUAAAAACAAUGUUAAAAAUUAUAGAGGCAUUACUUUAAUGAUAUGGUUAUUCUUGGGAAGACUCCGGAUGAAAUUAACACUAAUCUUAUAUUACUUUCUGAGUAUUGCAAACUAUGGAGUCUUGAAGUCAAUGUACAAAAAACCAAAGUUAUGGUAUUUCGUAAACGUGGGGGACUUAGAAAUAAUGAGACUUUUGUGUAUAAUGGGACAAUUUUGGAAGUUGUAAAUGAUUUUAACUAUCUAGGAACUGUUUUUAAUUAUACGGGAAGUUUUGCAUUAAAUCAACAACAACUGGUCGGUAAAGCUUUGAAAUCAAUGAAUGUUUUAUUAGUUAAAUGUCAAAAAUAUAAAAUGAAACCUAAAAUUCUUUGUCAACUUUUUGAUUCUUUUGUCGGAUCAGUACUAAAUUAUUCAAGUGAAAUAUGGGGGUUUACAAAAUCAAAAGAAAUCGAAAGAAUUCACCUUAAAUUUUGUAAGAAAAUUCUUUUUGUUAAAAUGUCGACUCCUAAUGUUGCAGUUUAUGGCGAAUUGGGACGAUAUCCUUUGUAUAUUUCGAGAUAUAUUAGAAUAUUAAAAUUUUGGCUUAAACUUAACAGUACAGAUAAUAUAAUUUUGAAAACUGUAUAUAAUAUGUCAUAUAAUGAUUGUAUAAAUGGUAAAAAGAAUUGGGUCUCAAAUGUAAAAAAAUUAUUGUGUGAAAAUGGAUAUAAUUAUGUUUUUGAUAAUCCUCUUUUUGUUAAAGAAAAGCCGUUUUUAAGUAUUUUUAGACAGCAGUUAAUAGAUUGUUUCUUGCAAGGUUGGCAUAGUAAUAAGUCAGGUAGCACAAUGUUAAACCUUUAUCACCAUCUUAAAGAAAAAUUUGAAUAUGAAAGGUAUCUUGAUCUAUUACCUUUUGAUUUAAGAACCUAUUUAGUAAAACUAAGAGUGUCAGCUC